AUGUUUCCAAAAACGACUUUCUACCUAGCGUUCCACGCGUGCUUGAACAUCGCUGCGACGGCGUCACAAGCAUCUUCUGGAUACACCAAAUAUCCUGAGAAUGCCGAAAAGGUCGCUAUCAACUGGACAGAUGCGUCCACCGUUCUGGGCAGACCCGACACCUAUCUCGGAAAGUUGGAUGUACCCCUCGAUUAUACGCUGCCCCAGUCGAAGAACAACACACUCACGCUCAACAUCCUAAAAGUCAAAGCGACGAAAGAGCCCAAGCUAGGCAGUGUGUUGACAAAUUGGGGCGGACCGGGUUUGCCCGCAACCGACUGGCUUUUGCAACAAGCUAGUUAUGUCCUUGCCAUGACAGGCGAGCAAUACGAUAUUAUCGGCCCCGACCCCAGAGGUACUGGCACGACGUUGCCUGUAAAUUGCUACAAUGACGAAAUGGAACGGAUGGUCGCAACAUUGCGGACACCGACGAGGACCAACUCGUCCGAUGUAGCGUUGGGCGCCGUCUGGUCUUACGCCAAGCAAUACGCAGCACGAUGUUCUCAGAACGAAGCAGUGAAUGGAUCAUUGAUGAGCACGGCUUUCGUUGCCAGAGACUUCAUGAAGAUUGUUGAUGCUCUGACUGUGGAAGGCGAGGAUGGUCUUCUCCGGUACUGGGGAAUAUCCUAUGGCACGUAUCUCGGUCAGGUGCUAGCUGCUAUGUUCCCAGACAGGAUCGAGCGAAUGAUGCUUGAUGGUGUUCUCAACCCGCUCGAGUAUCAGCAAGGAUGGGAGACCGGUCCAGCUAAAUCCGCGCCAGUUGCCUUGGGACAGUUUACCGAACAGUGCAUCGAUGCUGGCCCCCCCUGUUCCCUCUUUCGCCCUAAUCUCUCCUCCUCCGCAUUGUACGAACAAAUCCAAAGUCUCACCGAAAGAGCCAAGCGCGAGCCAAUCGUCAUGGGCCCGAACGUCACAACGGAUAUCGUUACGUACGAAAAGAUCGCCGAAGCUAGUGACACUGCUCUGCGCAUGGGUCUGGCGUCCGGUUCUUACUUGGCUGGUUAUCUCAACAGCAUCAUGAUCCGUGAUACUCCAGAAUACAACCACACCCAGUAUCUGCUCAACCGCUCCUUCAUUAUGCAGGAUGCAGCGAUCAAUGCAGACAACACGCAGCUCAUCCGUUGCUCCGACGCCAUGUUCCGUGCUGAUGAGCUCUUCGAUAUUGAAGACCGUGUCCAGCACAUAACGAGUUCGAGCGAUUGGAACAGCGAUUACAUUAUCGGCGCGUAUGUUAUGUGCUCGCUAUGGAAGGUUAAGGCGAAAGAACGAUACGAGGGUGACUUCAAGGCGAAGACGAAGAACCCCGUGUUGCUCAUCGGUUCGCCAUAUGACGUCCGCACUCCGAUCUCCGGGGCUUAUGCGGCGAACAAGACGCUCGAAGGAAGUGUUGUGCUUCAGCACAAUGGUCUCGGGCACACGGUUAUGUACAGCCCCGGGACCUGUGCCAUUACCGCAACCGCUGCGUAUUUCGUGAACGGGACUAUGCCGGAAGAAGGGGCGGUGUGCGAGCAAGACUUUGGUAUCUUCUCUGGCAAAAGUCUGAACGAUACUCUCAAUCUUCUUGGCGAGCCUUAG